AAUGUCACUGAACUAUAUUUUAUCACUGAUAUCGUUUCCCUGGAGGAGCAAAGAAAGAUCACUCUUGAAACAUUUGAACAAUAAUAUGAAAAAAUGGCUACCGCAGAUUGGAAUCCACUAGGGGAAUUUUAUUACAGAAAAGCUGAAGUCUACUCAAUGGAAUGGAGUGGAUUAGUAGACAUAGCGAAGCAUACAGUAGCAGUCUCCACUUAUGGUGGUCCUAUAGCAUUGCUGAAGGAUGAAAGUAAAACAUCUAGAGUGGCGACUGUGGCCAAACCUGUGAUUAGUGUAUACAGUGCUGCUGGAAAACUACAGAAUCAAAUGCGGUGGAACAGUGGGAACAUCAUCACCAUGGGAUGGUCUGGAACCGAAGAAUUGUUGUUUAUUCAAGAAGAUGGUGUGGUUCUAGUGUAUGACAUGUUCCUUACAUUCAAACGUACAUUUGGCAUGGGGCAGGAAGCAAAAGACAUCAAAAUUCUGGAAGCAAAAAUUUUCCCAUCAUAUCAAGGCACUGGCAUAGCUGUGAUGACAACUAGCUUUAGAAUAUUCUUGACCAGUAACAUAGAUAGCCCAAGGAUAGUCCGGCUAGCUGAAAUCCCAGGUCUGAAUGAAGCUCCAGCAUGUUGGACUGUUGUACUAUUAGACAGACAACCCAGAGCUCUGGUGGCCAAAGGGGAAGAGCUUUUCUUAGUGGACCAAGGGGGGCAGUAUCAAAAUCAGCGACCUGAUUUGAGUGAGAAUUCAGGGGCAAUAAUUGCAAUGGCAGUGUCUUUCAACAGCAAGUUCCUGGCCUUGUUUACCCAGCAAGGUUUGAUUUGGAUAGGAACCUCAGAUAUACAGAAAAAAUACUGUGAAUUCAACACCAAGUCCUUUCAGCCUCCCCAGCAGUUAGUUUGGUGCGGCAAUGGUGCAGUAGUUGGACUGUGGGACAAAUUAAUUGUUGUUGUGGGACCUGACAAAGACUGGAUCAGAUACAACAUGGAUUCCCCUGUUUAUUUAGUUCAAGAAGAAGAUGGGCUGAGAAUUAUUGGAAAUGACAGCCAUGAAUUCUUGCACAAAAUCCCAGCUGUGACUGAGCAAAUCUUUAAGAUUGGAUCAAUGGAGCCAGGAGCUGUACUUUAUGAAGCUAGCAAAGAGUUCCAGAAACAAAAUCAGAAAGCUGAUGAAUACAUUCGAAUGAUCAAAGAUAAACUGGACGUUGCUGUGAACCAGUGCAUACAGGCAGCUGGACAUGAGCCGGAACCUACCAUACAGAGAAUGUUGUUGAGGGCAGCAUCGUUUGGCAAGUGUUUCUUGACAGACUACAGACCAGAAGCCUUUGUAAACAUGUGCAUGAUGUUGAGAGUUUUGAAUCAAGUACGACAUCACUCUGUGGGCAUACCUCUCACCUUUACACAACUGGAACAUUUAUCUAUGCCAGUGCUGAUUGACAGGCUAGUGUUGCGUAAGAUGUUUGGUCUGGCUGUGAAGAUCUGCCAAUACUUGAAGAUUCCUGACAGCGAAGGUAGAAGCAGAAUCCUGGCCCAUUGGGCAUGUUUUAAGGUUCAACAAAAGAGUGAGGAUGAAGAAAAACUGGCCAGGACCAUUUCUCAAAAACUUGUAGAUGUGCCAGGAGUGUCUUUCUCAGAGAUAGCAAGCCAGGCUCUAGAACUGGGGAGAAAACAGCUGGCUAUCAAGUUGCUUGACUAUGAGCCCAGGGCAUCGGAACAAGUUCCUUUGUUACUGAAGAUGGGCCAAGACCAGGCAGCCUUGACCAAAGCUAUAGACAGCGGUGAUACAGAUUUGGUUUACACUGUACUACUGCGCCUGAGAGAUAAGUCCAGUCAAGACUUUUUCAUGAUGAUUAGAGGAAUGCCCAUAGCUUGUUCUCUUUUUAUACAGUAUUGCAGACAGCAGAACAUUAAACUAGUAGAGGACUUAUACUAUCAGGAGGAUAACUCUUGGGAGGAAGGAAACUGUAAAAUCAUACGGAGUUACUCUCUAGAUGAUGUGGAAGAAAGAGCCAAAUUGUUGGAGGACGCCAUGAAUUGUUUUCUCAGAUGUAAAAAUGAUUUUUUAGCAAAACAAACAGAAGAACAGAUCAAGUUGAUACGCUAUCAGAGAAAGCUAGAGACAGACACUGGCCGAUCUUAUGCUGACCAGUCAUUGCAGAAAACAUUAUAUCAGCUGACUGUUGAAGGGAAUCACAACAUGGCAGAGAAAUUUAAAAAAGAGUUCAAGGUUCCUGACAGAAGGUUUUGGAUAAUGAAAGUUUAUGCCCUGGCUGAGUCAGGUGAUUGGAUUGAGCUGGACAAGCUAUCUCGGACUAAGAAGGCUCCUGUGGGUAUUGAGACGUUCAUUGAUGCCUGCAUGAAAAAUAAAAAUUCACUAGAGGCCAAGAAAUAUUUAAGUAGGGUACCACCAGAGUUGAAGGUCAAAUGUCUCGUCCGUGUUGGUUUGUUCCGAGAGGCUGCUGAAGCUGCCAUUGAAAGUAAAAGUGAAGAGGACUUUGAUUACAUCUUGUCAAGGCUCGGCUCUGCAGAGAGACAAGUGGCAGAUCAAGUUAGAGCUCUCAGGCCACAGCUUGCUAUCAGGAAAUAAACACAAACUCUGAAACUCACUCCCUGAUGGAAAUUACUUUCACUUUGACCUUUAUUUUUGUUUUUCAGUGCUUGAGAAAUAAACAAUGAAAAAACAAAAAGGCAUCACACAUCAUACAAGCUCCUUGUUAGGGAGUGACUUGAGCUAUAAAUAGCAUGACCCUUGAAGUGAUGUCAAGGACACCUACUUGAACUUCAAUGUUUCCAACUAAAGAUAAAAAGUGAGAGAACAACAAAUUGUCCUAGACUUGUCAACACUUCCUUCCUUCUGUACACCAGAUACACCAAAUAGUUGCUAUUUAUAGAUGAACCUCUCUAAUGAAAAAAAACAACAAAUAUAGUGUAUUUAAUGUUGAGAGUAAAUAUUUGAUUGGAAGAUAUUGCUCUCAUUUGUUCAUAUAUUUAUACACUCCAUCCUUUUAUCAUUAUCGUGACAUAUGCUUUUGUUCAUGUCUUUUGUGAUAUAAUAAACAUUUUGUUGAUACUGUAA